CGUGCGUCGCAACAGCUGUGCGUGAAAAGUUCGCGUCGCGUAUCAUACUUCGCGCGAAUUAAGAGUGUAAACGUAAAAAGAACGUAUCGAGAUCUCGAGCGAGCGUUGUUUGCCGCAUAUAUAGGAGGCAGGAGGUCGAUACGCGCAGGUGGACAUGGGGCGAGUGGAGGGACCAGUCCGGAAGACCAUUGGCCUGCAGGACGCGUGAAAAAGUCCAGCCUGCGCUCGCUCUGCACCGUAGAGGAUCGAUCAGCGCUCGUCGCGCACACAGUAUCCGCAGGUGUUUUUCAUCGCAUAUAAUACGCUGCUCGCUACUGCUGCGGCACGUGUUGCAAUCGCAGAAACUCCGCGAGAGACUGCAUACUGCAUAUCGCUGCGAGUGCUCGUGUGUGCAGUGCGGCCGUCAUAGAGCACCGCAGUUCUACAAACAAUCGCUGCUAUUUACCAACUCAACAAGUGUCAAUGAUAGUUGCGAGCGAGUAUCAAGCAAACGAGGAAAUACAAAGUAGUAACGUCAUAGACAUCCUGUUGUUGUGUGGGUGUGUGCGUGCGUGCGCGCCUGUGUGUGUGUAUUUGCCACCGGGGUUCGGAACACUGCGAGGACGCCAGAUGCCUGCCAGUCGCUAAAUCCGCCUACGCGCACGAUAUUUUCUGCUCACCUUUCUAUCGUUUGGCAGUGACGCUCGUAUCAUGCUAGGAAGCGAUAAGAGUUUCGACAGACUGGCCGCGGAGAAGAACUCUACCUGCUGUUGUUCUCUAAAUAGUGGGCCGACACCCGAUCGAUAAUAAUAUAACACGGCAUCGAGCCUGGAGCGAAUACUUUAAAGCUGACGUUAAAAGUUUAUUUUACCUAAUUCAAUUCGAGCUGCUGCUGCUGCUGUUUCUCUAUCGCGUGUGCAGUCUUAUUAGCGCGAUCAGUAUAAGCAGUGUGACACGCGGCGCAACGAUUAAGUCAACAACCCGCGAGACACUCUCGCGCAUAACUACCUGUCGAGUGUCGAGCGCGUCGAGGCCAGCUGCACUUGCGACUUAUCGAGUUAUGAUUUUCCAGCUUCGGAGCUUCCAUUGAGAGAAGGAUUCGGCCGCAGCUCGACUAAUGACGAGUAAGCUGCCGCUGCAAGCUGCUGAUCAAAAUGAAGCAGCUAAAUUUCAAAUUUUAUCCUUGCCUGCUUCUUUUGCUCCUAAUUCUCAGAUCAUCUGCUAACGGAGCUAACGAAAAUUUUCCAGCACAUCAUUUAGAGGAUCAAAAGUUUCCAUCCGAAGAGUAUGAAGAUUCGGAAAUCGACGAAAGGGACUCACCCCCAGGAAAUUCACCUUUCGUUCAAUAUGAUCAAAUUUUGCCUAAAGAAACUGCUCUUCCUUACAAUCCACAGCCCAUACAAAACUUGAAUCCUAAUAUAAAAUACGACCAAAGAUGGGGUGAAAACUUAAAUGUAAGACAAAUAUCAGCAGUUUCAAUAGAUCCUAAAGGUAACAUAGGUAUAUUUCAUAGAGGGCACCGUGUUUGGGAUGCAUCAACUUUUAGCGUUGAUAACAAAUUCGAUGUGAACCAGGGGCCCAUUAAACAAUCUACAAUAAUGUUAUUAGACAAGUCUGGCCGGGUGCUACAAGAAUGGGGAAGAGCUAUGUUUUAUCUUCCCCAUGGUUUAACUAUAGAUUCUUAUGGAAAUUAUUGGAUUACAGAUGUAGCCAUGCAUCAAGUUUUUAAAUUUGAUGUAAAGGAUAUUGAACAAUAUCAAACAAAAUCAUCUUAUACUUAUGACGCUAAACCUUUAAAGCCAUCAUUAUCACUGGGAGAAGCUUUUCAACCAGGCAAUGAUCAUUACAGAUUUUGUAAGCCAACUGCAGUAGCUGUACAAAGCAAUGGUGAUUUUUUUGUAAGCGAUGGUUAUUGCAAUUCAAGAAUUAUUAAAUUUAAUAAAAAUGGUGAGAGAAUUGAUGAGUGGGGAAGAACUUGGGGAUUUGAAGGUAGAGAAUUGUACAAAAGACCACCACCUAUAAAUGCAUUUUUGGUCCCUCAUGCACUAGCACUUGACGAAGAACAUGGAUAUUUAUAUAUUGCAGAUAGAGAAAAUAAUAGAGUUGUUUGUAGUUAUGCAACUAAUGGAACAAUUCACAAAGAAUUCAAAAACGAUCAAUUUGGUGGUCCAGUCUACAGUAUUGCCUAUGCUAAUAAUAGAUUAUACUUGGUCAAUGGCAAAAGAUUUGAUAAUAAACAUGUACAUGUUCGAGGAUACGUUUUAGAUGUAAAUACUGGAAAGUUAUUGUCAGAAUUUGCACCAAACAUGGAUAUGGAUAGUCCUCAUGACAUAGCAGUAUCACAAGAUGAAAAAGAAAUAUAUGUCGUUGAAUUGAAUAUUCAGAGAGUUUAUAAAUUUAAUCAAGAUGUUAAAACAUUAAAAAUUGAACCAAAAGUAGUUCAAUUGAAAAAUGUGACUGAAGUUCGAUCAGCUGAACUUUUAGAUAAUGGGGCAGUAGUCAAAGUCCCUGAAAAAUCGUCACAAAAAUUUAUGGUAAUUAUUGCCGUUAUUUUUGCCAUUGUCUUCAUCGGGCUCUGCAUUUUCCUCGCCGCUCUAUUAGCCAAGUACCAGAAAAAAGGUUGUUUAUAUCCGUGCUGUAAGAAUAGAUCAAACUAUGACAGCGGAAGAAACGAUGCCAUCAAACUAUCAAGUUUUCUCGAAGCUCGUCGAAGAUUCAAUUUUUUCGAGAAACGGCCAAACACACGAGAUUUCAGUAAAGUGAACACAGAACCAGAGACUUCAGAUGAAGAGGUUGGUGAAAAUAAUACAGAAAGAAUCGUGUGAAAAACAUUUAAACGAGUUUUUGUGGGAAAGUCUGAUUAUGUUUAACUCCAAAACAAUAAUUUUAUUUUAUUUAACUAUGUUUUUCCAGUUUGAAAAAUGCACAAGUAUUAUUUAGAUUACAUUACAAAAAAAGAGUUUUUGUAUUUUAGCUAUCAAAAAAGUUGCAGAGCAAAGUAGGAAAUGUAUGCUUCGUCGAGUACUUUUGAUCUCAUUUUGAUACAUAAUUUGAAAACAAAUUUAUUCUAAUAUGUUAAAAUAUUUCAAAAGUUUACUCAUAUAAAAUAUAUUUCUCAACGUGCAAUCGAAAUAAGAAUAUUCAGACGAAAUCUGAAAAUUCGAAUAAAUGGUCUAUGAAUGCAUCAAACAUACAAACCAUGCGUCAUUGAAUGAUUUAAUUACUGUACAUGAGUAAGAUGUUUGAUUUUAAUUAAAGAGAAUAUAUUGACUAUUUCUUUAUAAUUUUUUAUCAAAUAAUUAUUACUGCGAGUUUGAAGUUGAUAAAAGGAUUCGAUUUUUUGAGUGAACUGCGCAAACGUAAAAUUGUAUUUAAGUUGUGCAAAGCAUCAAUCGUGCAAUAGUUAUGAAUUCGAGGUAAUUGAAAACUUGAUAGAAUGAAUGUAACCAAAGUGUACUCUACUAUACGUGUGAAAUUGGGAUUAAUUAAAUUUGAGUUCCUUGGAACAGGUUUAUCUAGUCAUAAGUACAAAUUUGGUUGCAGCAUUUUUUUCUCUCAAUAAGAGAAAAAAAUGUUUGUUUUGUCAAAGAAAGUUUUGAAUUAUAAGAGACUGAAAGAAUGAUUUCAAUACAGAAUAAUCAUAACAUUAAAAUAAUUUAAGGAUUGUGAUGCGUACGUAAAAUAAAUUAUCUAUAUGAGGUCAAAAGUUGAAUUAAAUGAAACAUAAAAAUAUUUAAUGUAACAAAUACUUAUGACAAAAAUCGUAUUAUAGAAGAGCUAUAUAUUGUUGUACUUUAUCGAAUAAUAUGAAAACGCUAUUUUUCAUCGUUUUAAUUAUUAUUUUUAAGCGAAAUGUAUCAAGAUAACAAUGUUAUCGAUUUGAUAUGUGAUCUGUCAUAAUUGCUUGAAAAAGAGAUAAUUAAAUGUAAGUUUACUACCGAUUGUAAGCUAAAAUUGUCUGAAAUAUUUUCAAUAAACGCAGAGAAUGAUCAUAUGCUCAUUCCACAAUUCAGUAUCUUAUGAUUUCAAUAAAAAUAAAAAUCGAUCCUAAAGUAG